AGCAAGUUUGAAGACAAAGAAAGCAAAAAAGCUAAAUUAUGCGAACUUCACGUUCCCUUUCCAUCAUCUUCUUCUUCUUUGUCGCCUUCCACCUUCACCUCCGCCUUCUCCCCGCUGUUUCCUUAGUCGCCGCUACCUCUAACACUGCCGCCACUGCUCCUUCGCCGUCACCGGCCACCAACGGCCCUACCUCCAGUAACUCAGAUUUUAUCCGUUCGAGUUGUCAAACUACACAAUACCCUCACACAUGCUAUAACUCUCUCUGUAGCUACGCCAGCAUUGUCCAACAGGACUCGGCUCGGUUGGCUCUUGUAGCCAUCGGAGUUAGUCUAGACAACGCCAAAUUUGCCGUGGCGUACCUCUCCAACCUCUCCCGUGAAGCGAACUACAGUGCCCAGCCACGAACCGGAGCUGCUCUGCACGAUUGCUUCUCUGUGUUCAGAGAUGCCGUGGACCAAAUACGCGACUCGCUGAAUCAAAUGAGGACGCUCGGGGGCUCGGCCGAGUCGUUGAGGUUUCGGAUGAGUAACGUUCAAACAUGGAUGAGCGCCGCGUUAACCAAUGAAGAAACGUGUACGGACGGAUUUGAGGAUGUUCCUGAUGGACCCUUGAAGAUGGACGUCUCUGAUCGUGCUGCUAAGGUGAAGGAGGUGACCAGCAACGCUUUGGCUUUGAUAAAUAGUUAUGCUAAUAAAAUGUCAUAGAUGCUACUGAGCAUUAGAAGAAGAAAAAUUAGUUCAAAGCUUUUA